GCUGUCUGGGCCCGGCGCCGGCUGCGUCUGGCUGACGUGAUCCGGGCGCGCCUCCCCGCCGCCGCUGCGGGCUACGCGGCGACCCAGCGCAGCCAUGUGUCAGGUUGGCGAGGACUACGGGGACCCGGUGCCAGAGGGACCGCCGCCACCGCGGCCUGGCCGCGAGCUCAGAUGCGUGAAGUGCAAGGAUGGCCUACCGGUUGUGGUGAUCCGAGCCGGAGACGCCUUCUGCAGGGACUGUUUCAGGGCCUUUUAUGUCCACAAGUUCAGAGCCGUGCUUGGGAAGAAUCGGUUGAUCUUUCCGGGAGAGAAGGUGCUCCUGGCGUGGUCUGGGGGGCCUUCAUCAAGCUCCAUGGUCUGGCAGGUCCUUGAGGGCCUGAGUCAAGAUUCUGCCAAAAGACUGCGUUUUGUGCCAGGGGUCGUGUACGUUGAUGAGGGAGCAGCUUGUGGCCAGAGCUGGGAGAAUAGAGCAAAAACCCUGGCUGAAGUAAAGCUGAUCCUCCGGAGCUUUGGCUUCCCGUGGCACAUUGUUGCCUUGGAAGAGGUGUUCACCCUGCCGCCGUCUGUGCUGCGCUGCUCUGCCCAGGAGCCAGUGGGGACUGAGGGGACCUACAAGGUAGCUGUGGAUAGUUUCCUCCAGCAGCAGCAUACGGUAGGGAGCAGCCCCAGCCCCACACAGCAGGAGGAGCAGCUGAGCCAGCCCUGCACCCAGGACCCCCAGGACCCGGCUGGGCCACCCCCAGCUGCCCACAUAGAAGCUCUCUCCCGACUGUUUGACUCUGUGAAGACAUUGACAGCCAAAGAGGAGCUUCUGCAGACCCUGCGGGGCCACCUGCUCCUCCACGUGGCCCGGACCCACGGCUACUCCAAGGUGAUGACGGGAGACAGCUGUACUCGCUUGGCCAUCAAGCUCAUGACCAGCUUGGCACUGGGGAGAGGGGCCUUCCUCGCCUGGGACACGGGCUUCUCUGAUGAGCGGCAUGGUGACGUGGUGGUGGUGCGGCCCAUGCGUGAGCACACACUGAAGGAGGUCGCCUUCUACAACCGCCUCUUCGCAGUUCCCUCCAUCUUCACACCGGCCAUUGACACAAAGGCCCCUGAAAAGGCCAGCAUCCACCGGUUGAUGGAGGGCUUCCUGCUCCGGCUGCAGGCUCAGUUCCCCUCCACAGUCAGCACUGUGUACAGGACCAGUGAGAAGCUGGUCAAGGCUCCCAGGGAUGGCUGUGCUGCUGGCCCCCGCUGCCUGCUCUGUAUGUGCUCGCUGGAUGUCGACACUGCUGACAGUGCCACUGCUUUUGGGGCUCAGACCCAGGAUUUCUCCCAGACACAGCCCCCCACCCCACUGGCUGAGGCUGGGGCAGCCCCCAUGCCCUGCUGUUCUGCAGAAGUGGGCAGGGCCCAGAAGUGCUGCCAGAGUACCCUGCUGUGCAGAAGGGAGGACUCCCAGGUCAUCGAGCAGCUAUGCUAUGGCUGCCGUGUGAAUAUGAAGGAUGUGCCAUCUUUGGAUUCUUUGCCACCUUACAUCUUGGCUGAGGCCCAGUUCCGCAGCCAAAGGCCCUCGCAGGAUAUCCAGGAGUAUCUGGUUGAGAACAGUGACGAGGAGGUGCACACCACUGGGAGCUGAGCCUGGGGCCACCCCCAAGCAGGAGGGCAAGGAUGGGCAAGCAGCAUGUGAUUGUAUAAAUAAAAACAUUUUUAAUUAGAAAA